GGCAGAGUGUUUCGGCCGAGCAGCGGCCAGUCCCUCUGGGUGCCGCCAUGUCGGAGGUUGCCUCGGGGCUGGCGAGGCGGGCGUACUGGUUGUGUGCUAAGCGUGGCUGUAACGCUUGGAACUGGUGUGACAAGCGCUGGACGUGCAAGGAGUGCGGCACCAGUGCUCCCCCAUGGACGAAGGAGUACCGCUCCGACAAGGCCCCCCCGCGGGUGGACGCAGACGGGUUCGUGCAGCAACCCAGGGGAAGGGCUGCGCAGCGCGCGGCGAAGCGCUCGGCCUCCCAGCGGGCCCUCUCUGGGAGUACCGCGCCCAGCAGCGCCCCCAACAGCAGGGCACGGCGAGCGCGACCUUGGGGAGAGGCCAAGACCCAGAUCGAGGGGCUGCAGGCGCAGCUCGUGGCGGCCAGGGAGCGCGUCGACACGCUCCAGGGGGCCUCGGCGCUCGGGCUCUCGGCGGACUUCCAGCGUGAGGCGGAGAAUGCCCUCCAGCAGGGCAAGGACCAGGUCGCCGCCCUGGAGCUGGCCGUCCAGGAGGCCCAGCGGACGGAGCGCCCCCCUCACUCGGUGCUCCACAUCGAGGCCAACGCCAUUCAGAAGGUCGAGCGCCAGCUGGCCACGGCACGCACCAAGAGGGAGAAGCUCCAGCUGCAGGCGUCCGAGCUGCGCGAACUCAUCGCGGAGAAGCAGGAGCAGCUGUCCGCAGCCGAGUUGGGAGUGGAUGAGGUCACGGGGCAGAUUGCCGAGCUGGAAGAGACCAGCGCCAAGGUCACGCAGCAGGCGAUCCAGCGGGCCAACGCGGCUGUCGGAGGCGUUCCGAGCCCGCUUGGGGACGCAGUCCAGGGGUUGCUCACUCAAGUCGGCGCCCUGUCGGAUCUCCUCAAGCAGCACGGAGCCGAGCUGCCCCCCAGGUUUUCCGAGAUCGUCGGGAUUCUCAACACGCAGAAGGAGGCGGUCGCUGAUGUGCUCAGGCCCAGCAGCAGCUCGGCCAGGAAGCGUUGGGGCGACUGCGUCGGAGACGACGGCUUCGCGACUGAGGAUGACGACAUGCCGCUCGAUAUCGUGGCCUCUGGGGGGCCGGCGGCCGCCCCUCCCGCUGCCGCCACGCAGGCAGGGCCUACCGCGGCUGGGCCGCCAGCCUCGCGGGCCAGGCCAGCGGACGGGCCCUACGGCCCUGCUGCGGUCCGCGGCCAGCACGGGGCGACCCUGGGCGCGUGGCCUCAGGUGGAGCCGUGCCUCGCAAAGGCCCUCGCCGAGCAAGGGGCGGCCCUCUCGGACGGCGACCCCUUGGCGGCGGGCGGCGCCGAGCACCCUUGCCCGAGGGGCGCGGCGGGCCUUGCGUCGGGCGCUGGCGAGCGCGCCGCUCGCGAGGCAGCCGUCAUCGGCAAGGCGCCGCUGGUUGACAGUGCAGGAGGCCAGCAGCUUCGAUCUGGCCUCGUCAUGUUCGGCUGCAAUGGCAACGCUUGGAGCAGGAGCAUUGAGGCCAUUGAGGCCUUCUUCAAGGCGUACGACUACUGGCCCGACGUAGUGGCGCUGCAGGAGACGAGGCUCCCGCAUGAGCGCCUGCCCAGUGCGGUGGCUCAGGCCCGAGGCCUGGGUUACGCGGCCUUCCUCCACGAGGCAGCGCUGACGGAGAAGCAGGGGCCCCAGGCGACCUCAGGCGGCGUGGCGAUUCUGGUGCGAGACGGCUUGCAGGCCGACGAGUCUGCGUACCCGCUGCCCUCGGCCUUGCGGCACCGCCUCAUCGGAGUGGAGGUCGCCGCCGCCUCUGGCCUGCGGUUCCUGGUGCUCGCUGGGUAUUUUCAGCACUCUGUGGGCCCUCGAGGCACCAACCUGGACAUGUUUUCGGCCAUCUCGGAGGUGACGGGCUUCUCUGCCGACAUCCCGUGGGUCCUCCAAGCCGACUUCAACAUGGAGCCCGAGCCCCUGGAGGAGUUGGGGUGGCCCGCGGCGGUGCGGGGGCACGUCCUGGGGCCCUCGGAGGCGACGUGCCAUGCCGAGGGCUGUGACCACCUCUACGACUGGUUCGUGGCUUCCGCGGCGUUGGCAGCCUGCACGGCCUCCUGCGCCACCACGCUCGAGGGCUUCGGUCUACACCCUCAUCGCCCAGUCCUGCUUCGCCUCCAGGAUGUUCGGGCAGAUGCGUUGGUGGAGGUUCCGUCCAGGCCAGCACGCUUCCCCGAAGUUGCCCCUGAGCUCCUUCGGGCGCACGAGGACGCCGAGAUUGUGUGCUACACGGUUGGCAAGAAGGGACAGGUCGCGCCCAGGGGCGUCUCGUGGUCCUGGGACGCAGGCACUCCACCGACCAGCCUCUCCGCCGCCUUCAGCGAGUGGGCGGCAGCUGCCGAAGGCACCCUGGUCGGCAUCCACGGCAUCGGCCAGGCAGACUUGGCCCGUCAUCUCGGCAGAGGAGAGGGGCCUAGGCUGUCCCUCAAGCCUCUCAGUGCCCUGGUCAGGCGGGAUGCCAGGUUCAGGUUCAGCCUCCUCACGCACCGCUUGAGGAGCUGCCUGGACGUGGCCCUCCAGCGGGUGCGCGCGGAGAGGACUGGCCGCUGGCACCCUCGGCAUGCAGACUGGUACGGGCACCAGGCCGAGCUCAGGGCGCAGCUCUUGCUAGAGGCGGUGCAGGAGGCUGCCGACUCGGUCGGUGGGGCUCUCCCUGGCGCAGCUCCUGAUCGACUAGGCGACCUGGUGUUUCAAGCGGGCGUCCACGGCAGCCCUGAUGCUGUUCGGGAUCUUCAAGGGCUGCUCAGUGUAUCCCAGCGCCGCGACGCGGCUCAGAGCGCCCAGGCCUGGCGCAACUGGGCACAGACAGCGGUCGAGAAGGGCGGUCGUCUGGCCCACCGCUUCUCGAAGGCGACGGCCCCGCCGACGGUCAGGGGCGCUGGCUCGGGCAGGAGGCUGGUUGGGAUGGCAGCGAUUGGAGAGCUCACGAGUGUCUGGCAGAAGCUGUGGCUCCAAGAAGGGUUUGCCCUUGGCGCAGGGGCCAGCAGCUGGGACGUUGGCGAGUGGCGGCUGCCACCCAUCUCGCUGGAGCAGCUCCAGGCAGCCUGCAAGCGCUACAGCCCCUCGGUGGGUCUCGGGUGCGACUCCCUGCGCCCUCGGCAGAUCCUCCUGCUGCCCGUGGCGCUGCAGCAGCGCAUCCUGGACAUCCUAUCGGCCUACGACGACGCCCCUGCAUCGAUCAACGGGCAGGUCUCCCUGAUGGUGUUCAUCCCGAAGGCGAACCAGCAGUUCGAGGCCGCGAGCCUCUUCCUGGACAUCAGCAAGUUCUACGAGCAUGUGCGUCACGAUGUUCUCUGGGCGAAUGCUGUACGUUUCGGGUUCAACCUCAGGCUGUUGCGCGGCCUCCUCACCUCCUACCAGGCCCCUAGGAUGCUCCUUGCGGCGGGCAUGGCUUCCCCCGCCUUCGGCACUACUGGUACGGUGUUGGCUGGGUGUGCGUGUGCGACAGCAGUUGCGAAGCUCCCAGUCCUGGGAGCCCUCCUGGCCGCGGGGGCGACGUGCCCGUUGGUCACGCCGAGGAAUGUGGUCGACGACAUCUCGCUCCAGGCGGUCGGCACGGCCCGACUCGUGAAGCAGCAGAUGUUGGCCUCCAGCUGUGCAGUGGUCCGCCAGCUGCGUGAGCAGCACCUCCCACUCAACGAGAGUAAGUCGGUCUUCCUGGCCUCGUCGCCGCAGCUCGCCAAGGAGCUCUCCGAGGAGUGGGCUGCGCAGGGCUUGGCCUUCAAGAGGGGACUACAGGCGAGGAACCUCGGCACCGACGCCAACAUCACUCGUCGUGGAGUGCAUGAAGGUGCUGUGCGUGCGGUCGGCGGCCUUCGGCGAGGACGCAGGCUAGGGGUGCUUCGCUCAGCUGGUGCGGCGACCGAGAUGGUCCACCGCGCUGGGCCCACCGCGGCGAUGCUGUGGGGGCGUACUGUGACGGGUGUACCUGAUAGGGAGCUUCAUUCGUGGCGCUUGGCGGCUGUGCGAUCGGCUGGGAAGUUCCCUAAGGGCGCCUCACUCGGGCUGAGACUCAGAGCGGUGGAGGUCAUGCGGUCCAUCGACCUCGACCCGAGCCCCGCGCUGCUUCGUGCCGCAGUGCAGAUGGCGGCCAGCCUCCUUCAGUCGGGGGAGGUCCCGCAGCGCAUGUUCGAGACGGCCUUGCAGGAGGCGGGGCGGAGGCACGCGGGAGCAGCAGCCCCUUGGGCGCACUGCCGUACGCCUGUGGAUGCCUUGGCCCUCUCGCUCACCAGGGUGGGCCGGAGGCUCGUCCAAGGCACCCGCCUCGCCACCGACGACGGCCACAUCCUGGACCUGCGCAUGAUGGGGCCGCGCGAGCUGGGCCUGCUGGCAGCGGCAGGGGCGCGGCGUGCUUCGGACAGGUCGGAGCUGGCCCGCCUCGGCCACGGUGCGCUCCCCCCGUCGCCCCUGUUCUGGGAGGCCUUCUCGGAGGUCCUUGGGCCUGGCAGCAAGCUCAGCCCCAGGGAGAAGGCGGCGGUGGUGAGUUUCCUUUCCAACGCCCACUGGCCCCAGACCCGUCUGCACUCGGCGGGGGAGAGGGAGCACGCUCGCUGCUGCGCUUGCGAUGCCUCCCGCGGCAGCCCCUGGCACAGGCUGUUCGAGUGUCCAGUCCUCGCGGGGCCGAGGCGCGACUCUACCUCCGACCGCCUACGGGGCUGCGCACACCGUGCACGUGGCCGCGGUGAAGAGGCGGGGGAAUGCUUCGCGCGCUGCUGGCUUCCGCAGCCCCCGAGGGCCGCCUCGAGGUCGGAUGCCAUGGCGGUCAGGUGGUGCAAUCGCCCAGCUGACGGUCUCCUCGGGGGGCGCCUCUACUUGGAUGGGUCGGCGCUCGACCCCGGGCACGAGAGCCUACGGCGUGCGGGUUGGAGCAUCGUGCAGUGCGACUCCGACGGCAACAUGGAGUGCGCGGUGUACGGCAGCGUGCGCCAAGACCUCUGCCCUUUCCAGACGGCGAAGGACGGCGAGGAUUUCGCGGUCUGGAUGCUUUCUCGCUUCCUGGGCCCGAGUGUGGGCGAGAUCCUCAUCGAUUGUGCGUCUACGGUCAGCUGCCUCACGUUGGGCAAGAGGUACGCGACGGCAGCCAACAAGCCCAAUGCCCAUCUCUGGGAGGGGAUCUACGCUUCGCUGGACGUGGACAUGCUCAAGGUUACCAAAGUGGCGGCCCACUGCACCGCCAGAGACGUGAUGGAUGGCAAGAUCACGGAGUCGGACCUUCGCGGCAACGGUCAUGCAGACCGCUGGGCCAAGGCAGGUGCGGAGCUGCACCGCGCCAGCCCCGUGGCCAGGCGCGAGUUCUUCGGCACGAUGGAGGUGGUGAGGGAGCUCUCAUGCUGGGUGGCGCAAGCCUCCCUCAUCUGGCAGGGGAUCGAGGUCAAGGACUGCGAGGGCCUACCCGAGGGCAGCGAGCGGACGGCUGUCUCCUUCGCCGUGCCCGUGGUGGAGCCCGCCAGCAGCCGCCCGUCCGACUCGGGUUCGGGCGACGGGUGGGCGUCGGCGGCGCGCGCUGGUGGCGUAUCCCUCGGUGCGACGGCCUUCGUCGUCGCUGGCCACGUCCUGGCCUUCGCCAGGUGCGGGGAGGGCGCCGCCGAGCAGGAGCUGAUGGCGUGCACCCGCUGCGGGGCGUGCGCGCGGCUGGGCGGACGCUCAGGCGCGGCGCCCAAGCUCAAGGAGCAAUGCCCAGGGUCUUCUGGGCUUCCCAAGGGCAGGCGAGACCAGAAGGCGCGCUGGCUGCAGGGGCGGCAUCCUGCUGGCACGCCCCACAGCGGCAGCAAGCGGGUCGGCGCGACAGUGCCCAGCCUGCGCAAGGAGGACGUGGUGCCGAUGGACGCCAGGGUGCGCUUCCUGCAGUGGCUGGGGGUCCGCCCCGAGGAUGCCCCUGGCGGCGAGGCCGCCGGCGCCAGCAGCGGGCCCCCCAGCGGCGCGGUGGCCGCUGGCGAGGAGGCGGCAGAGCCGCUGGCGCCUGGCCCCGCGGGGGCCUCGAGGGAGGCAUGGCUGAGCGCCUACGGACUUGACGAGGCGAGCCUCCUCCAGUGGUCAGCCGCGGCUGAGACGGCGCGCGAGGACAG